UAAUGUGGGGAUAUGACUCGCCGUGCCCAGGAGAAAGUUUGUGAAGGGACUGUGAGCGAGCUGCCGGCUGAGUAAGAGCGGAACACUAACAUGGAUCUGGGGGGUUAUAAAUGCGAGCAAAAUAUUUUCUCAAACAAUCAAGUCUACAGGCUGCUGGAACGCACAAGACCUUGAACGGACACAACUGAGGUUCAAACAUGAAGGACGUUACGGGACUGUUAGUCGUUGUGUUGACUUCCCUGAUGGGACAAGCCGGCGGGAUAGAGCCGAAUAGCGGAUACUGCAUCGGGAACCAGUGUUUUGCUGUGUUCCAAGAUCCUAGCGAUUUCACGACGGCGCAGGAUCAAUGCAUGGAUCAAGGUGGCCACUUGAUGACAGUGCGCUCGUCUGUGUCAAAUGAUAUUCUUUUAAUCUUGUUGGGGAACAUUACGGGGCGGUUCUGGAUCGGCUUACAUCUAACGACCGGCUGUCCAGACGCUGCUGCUAAGCUCAGAGGCUUCCAGUGGGUGACCAAAGACAGCGAAAGUGACUUUAACAACUGGACGCCAAGUUUUGACAGCAGCUGUUCUUCUCAUCGCUGCGUCUCAGUUUCUCGAGAGGACGAGUUUAAAUGGAUCCAGGAACCGUGCGUUGGAGAUGCUGCCGGGUUCCUCUGUGAGUACAGCUUCGGUGAGUCGUGCAAAAGUCUUGCGGUUGCAGACGGCGAGUCUGUCACCUACAGGACCCCUAUGGGGUUUGGAGGCGAGGGUGUGCUUUCUUUGCCCACUGGGAGCACCGCUAUCCGGAUGCCAGCUAGGAUUAAAUACGUCUGCAGCUCCGAACAGUGGCUGCAGGCGCCUUGGAGCUGCGAGAUAAACAACGGUGGAUGCGAGUACAAAUGCGCAGCAGGCCCCAAACAUGUGUUCUCCUGCAGCUGCCCACCGGGGCAAGCCGUCAACCCUACAAAUAAAGUCACCUGCGAUGUGGCCACAGAGGACCCGUGCCUGCCCCUGCGGUGCGCGCACGACUGCCUCAAGAGCGGAGACUCCUACGCGUGCGUGUGUGACCACGGUUUUAUGCUGGCGCAGGACGGCAGAUCGUGCGUGGACUUCGACGACUGUAUGGACAAGCGGCAGUGUCCCGGGGAGAACUUCCAGUGCGUCAACACCGUCGGCGGGUUUCACUGCGCUUGUAAGGAAGGAUACAAGUUGACCGGCGGCCUGUGCAUCGAUAUGGACCAGUGCAUGUCCGCUCCAUGUGAGCACAUCUGUGUCGACACUCCGGGUAGCUACGAGUGCGCUUGUCAUGAAGGAUAUAAAGCGGACCCGAAGUCGCCGAAUAAGUGUAAACUCCACUGUGAUGAGGACGAAUGCGCCGCCGAGUGCGACCCGAAUGACAGCACGCAGUGCUUCUGCCCCGACGGGUAUUUAUUAGACGAAAGGGAUGACGGUUCAUUUUGCAUUGACAUCGAUGAGUGCUCCGGGAAUUAUUGUGAUCAAGGCUGCAAAAACACAUUCGGUAGCUAUGUGUGCACAUGCCUUCCAGGAUAUACACUAGUUGAUCAAUACAAGUGCGUGAAAAACGGUGAUCAUACGGACACAAAUGAGCUGGAGGGCACCGAGGUGACCACGACCCCCAACAUCCCCACAACACCACCUGUGCCAUUCCCAGGUCCAACAAGGCAACCCUCAGCGGUGACAGUGGGGGGUCUUGUGGGGAUUAUAGUGUGCACCGUCUUUGUUAUUGUGUUGGUGGUUUUUCUGGUUCAUCGCAUCGCAAACGGCGGAGGGAAGACGGAGAGCGCCGGAGAACUGAAAGCUCCGGAGGGCGAAGCUCACGGUUUACAUCAAGUGACGAGUGACGCUUGAAAGAAAAAAACUAAUAGCCUCGUAGAGACAGCUUAAAGCACGAUAUGUGAAUGUACAGGUCAAGCUCACAGCAAAAAAGAAACAAGGACAAAAAUGUGGCAAUGCCUUAGCAGUAAAAGGUCACUGUAAACUCAUAAGACAACAGAAAUAUUAUACAAAUAUUAUAAUAAGAUUUCUUGGAGGAAGGAUAUUCACUGCCUUGGAAGAUUGUUUUUUUCUACCAUAGGCCUACAUCCCACAUACAACAAAUGCAAUGUAAUAAAAAUGACACAGACCUUUGUUUGUACUGCAGCAUUAUUAAAUUAUACAAAUGUAAA